ACAUGUUUUGCUAGUCAAUUAACACGGUUUGAGUUCAUUGAACUGAUAAGCAAUUUCCAUCGUUCAUUAUUUUGACUACAGCAAGUUCAUGUCAGAUCUCAACUCAUGCUUAAUUUUGCGUCAACUAAUACGUUAGUUAAGGAGCAUGGAGGGUGAAGAAAGAAGGAAGAGAAAAAUAGAGAAUGAAGAAGAAAAUGAGGAGCAGAAGAUGGAAAAGUUCUUUGCCUUGAUAAAGAGGACAAAGGAUGUUCGCGAUCGCUUCUACAAGGAGAAAUUAACAGAUACUAAGAAGAUUGAUGGAGAAAAGGCAGCUGCAGGGGGUACUAGUACUAUUUGGAACCCAAAGUUUCAACCAGAAGACUUCAUUGAUUCUGGAGAAAUGGCAAAGAGAAACAAUAUUAAUAUUGUUUCAGGUCAUGGCCAUGAUCAUGCAAGUCCUUCAGAGAAAGAGUUGAUGAUAGAAAAGAAACAGGAUUUACAAGAAGCAACACCAGCAGCAGCCCAAGAUAAUGAAGAGAAAGACAAAGCAAGUGAACAUUUUUUAGACUUAAAACUUUCUUUAUAAAAUUAUAAGAAGUAUAUGCAUUUAUAUCUGAUGAACUGGCUAUGGCCUAUACUAUAUGACUAUGAUUUGCUAACCUUACUGUCUUCGUUGCUA